CAUUUCCCGGCCUCCUCGCUAGCAGAGUCCCGAACUUCACCAUGCUCGCGCCAAGAGCGUAAUCAUUACCGCCACGCAUCGUGUAGCACCCCGCUCCCCACAGCCCGCUACCCUAAUUCUAGGGUGUUAGGUCUAGGAAAUUUGAGAAAAACCGUACCACGCUUGGCGCCCACGCGUGAAUUCCCGCUUCCGCAUCUAGCUGCGCCGAGCUGCCUGCAGCCGCCCAUUACCCGCUCCCCCCCGCCGUCGGCGCUAGUUGGCUGCAAAUGGGAACACAGUUUCCGCUUUCCCCCGCUUCGAGCCCGUGCGAGCCGCCGCCCCCGCAUAGCUCUUCUCAACCCCACGGCCACGCCGUCUCACGCUGCGUCCCACAGCUAGUACCCGAGCAGGGAGGAAGAGAGGCGAUCCAGCGGUGACGGAGAGAGGCGAUCGAGCGGAGAUGAAGAGAAGCGAUGAAUCAGGGAGGUCGAGAGGCGAUAGAGCAGGGAGGGAAAGAGGCGAAACAGAAGGGAGGGGGAGAGCCAAUACAGCACGAAGGGAUUGAGCGAGGAGCAAGAGCAGGGAAGGAUAGGCGAUACAGCAGGGCGGAAGAGAGGCUAUAGAGCAAGGAGGACGAGAGGCGAGAGCAGGGAGGAAGAGAGGCGGUACAGCAGGGAGGGAGAGUGGCGACCCAGGCAAGGAGGGAGAGAUGCGAUCGAGCAGGGAGGGAAAGAGGCAAAACAGAAGGGAGAAAUGAGGGAAUGACGUGAACUGCGGAAAUGAGGGGGAGAGGAGAGAGAGGGAGGCAGAGAGGCAUGAGUGCAGGUAGAGGGACAAUAGUGCAGGCAGGGAGAGAGACAAGAUGGCAGGGGAGGAGAGAGAAAAUAGUGCAGGGUUGUAGAGGGUCCAUCCGCUCACAUGGAUGACGCCAGAGAUGUUUUGCAGCAAAGAUUUCCCGAACUCAUGGUCACGGUCUUGUUGCAUGACGCUGACGAGCUUUUCUAUGUGACUUGGAAAAUGAACUACUCGAAAGCGUAUUGCUAUUCUUAAUGUGGUUACAUGGUACCUUUGACUGUAUGUAUGCUCAUAGAUCCUCAGUCUCACCACCUAGAUCCUAGUAGGGUCAGCCAGGGGGUCCCUGAAUCAUGGAACUUAUCCAUUGUCCUACACUACAG